AAAAUACAACCUUCUCCAGGCACAAUGAAUACAACCCUCACACAGAUUACAACAUAAAAAAGGUUUUUGGGAAUUCAUUGUUUAUAUCCCCGGCAAUUGUUUGUACUGCGGACAUAUUUCAGAGGAAUAGAGACAUACGCUUACAUUUUAACCCAGUUCUGAUUCGCUCUUCUUUGUUAUCGGUGCAAUUUGUUUUGCUUGGAUUAUUUUAAAAAAAUCAGCGAAAGGGAAAGAUCGGAUCUGAAGAGUUCGCAGGGAUUUGGUUUCUAAAUCUUGUGAAAUAGCAUGGCUACAAUUGAUGAGCCAUUGUAUCCAAUUGCUAUUCUUAUAGACGAACUUAAAAAUGAAGACAUUCAGUUACGACUAAACUCCACACGAAGGCUUUCAACAAUUGCUCGUGCUCUUGGUGAAGAGAGGACAAGGAAGGAAUUAAUACCAUUUUUGAGUGAAAACAAUGACGACGAUGAUGAGGUUUUACUUAUAAUGGCUGAAGAAUUGGGAGUUUUUAUUCCAUAUGUUGGUGGAGUUGACUAUGCUCAUGUUUUGCUGCCUCCUUUGGAAAGUCUUUGUACGGUAGAGGAAACAUGUGUGAGAGAUAAAGCUGUUGAAUCACUAUGCCGAAUUGGUUCUAAGAUGAAGGAGGGAGAUUUGAUUGAUUGGUUUAUUCCACUUGUCAAGAGGCUUGCUGCUGGUGAAUGGUUCACAGCACGUGUUUCUGCAUGUGGGCUUUUUCAUAUUGCAUACCCAAGUGCAUCGGAACUGUUAAAGGCAGAAUUACGGUCCAUAUAUGGUCAAAUUUGCCAGGAUGAUAUGCCAAUGGUCAGGCGAUCUGCUGCAUCGAACUUGGGAAAAUUUGCUGCAACAGUUGAACCACAAUAUUUAAAGAUAGAUAUCAUGUCAUUUUUCAAUGACCUUACUCAUGAUGAUCAGGAUUCAGUAAGGCUGUUAGCUGUGGAGGGAUGUGCAGCACUUGGAAAGCUGUUGGAACCUCAGGAUUGUGCAGAGCAUAUUCUCCCUAUCAUUCUCUCUUUCUCCCAGGAUAAGUCCUGGCGAGUUCGUUACAUGGUUGCAAAUCAAUUAUAUGAGCUUUGUGAGGCAAUUGGUUCUGAGAGUACCAGGAUGGAUCUUGUGCCUGCAUAUGUACGAUUGUUGCGUGACAACGAAGCAGAAGUGCGUAUUGCGGCUGCAGGAAAGGUGACAAAGUUUUGUAGAAUUUUGGAUCCUCAGCAUGCUAUUCAGCACAUCCUUCCUUGUGUGAAGGACCUGGCAGCAGAUUCUUCUCAGCAUGUGCGCUCUGCGCUGGCUUCUGUUAUCAUGGGAAUGGCACCUGUCUUGGGAAAGGAAGCAACACUUGAACAACUUCUUCCAAUUUUUCUUGCUCUUUUGAAGGAUGAAUUCCCUGAUGUCCGACUUAACAUAAUAAGCAAGCUCGAUCAAGUGAAUCAGGUGAUUGGAAUCGAUCUUUUAUCUCAGUCCCUUUUGCCAGCCAUUGUUGAGCUUGCGGAAGACAGGCACUGGAGAGUUCGACUUGCAAUAAUUGAAUAUAUUCCUUUGCUGGCUAGUCAGCUGGGAAUUGGCUUCUUUAAUGAUAAAUUGGGUUCACUCUGCAUGAAGUGGCUUGAAGACCAGGUCUUCUCAAUUCGUGAUGCAGCUGCCAACAAUUUGAAACGACUUACUGAAGAAUUUGGCCAUGAAUGGGCUAUGCAACAUAUUGUUCCACAGGUCCUGCAGAUGAUCAAUAACCCACAUUACUUGUAUCGCAUGACAAUUUUGCAUACUAUUUCACUUCUAGCCCCUGUCAUGGGUCCAGAAAUUACAAGCCAAAGAAUGUUACCUGUUAUCAUCAAUGUAGCCAAGGAUAGGGUUCCAAAUAUGAAAUUUAAUGCAGCAAAGGUCUUGCAGGCCAUCAUUCCAAUUCUUGAUCAGUCUGUCAUAGAGCAGACUGUUCGUCCUUGCUUAAUUGAGCUAACUGAAGAUCCCGAUGUUGAUGUAAGAUACUUUGCCGGCCAAGCACUACAGGCCUGUAAUGAUGUCACGAUGUCAUCUUGAUGGAUGCUUUCUGAAAUUAAUUUCAAUUUUGACUGUUCACUAGAAUUUGUUGAUAUUGAUCUAUGAUGUUAUUCUAUGCAAAGUAGCAAGCUUUAAUCCUCUAUUCAACAGAGAGCAAACAGCCUUGAUAUUUUUGCAAAUUGGUAUUUCAUGUUUUCCAUCUAAUGUUUGAUAAAACAAUUCAAAGCAAAAACGUUGUGCCCAGUUUCUGGUUGA